AUGAUUGAAGACGAUGAUGGAUGGCGAGGAGACCAGAGGGUGGAGAGGAUUCCAAUGGUUCCGAGGAAUCCUAUGAAUCAAGCCAACAAUGUAAGCGUCGCCGAUUUGAAUCGAGAGAGGGAAGCAUUCCAGAGGGAGAUCAAGUUCCAAUAUACACUUUAUCACACCUACAACCAAAUGAAGGAGCAUUUCCUAUCGCCUUUCAAUCGGGCAACAUUCGGACGCGAUGAUCAAAACCUACCAACAAUACGAAUCGUUGUCGACUUCAUUGAAAAACUGAGGGUUCGCAUUCUUGAACUUGAAAGGAUCAAUGAGGACAAACUGUACAACGACUAA